AUCGAUAUGGCAGCAUUGAAAUUGAAUUAGUGACAAUUUGAAAUUUUAAUGGCCCCCAAGAGUAAAAAGAAACGUAACAGCAAGGAUUCGACAUCUAGCAAUGCUGGCAGUGGUGAGGGAGAAGAUAAGAAAAAAAAGGAUGGCGGCGGGGGAGGAAGCAAGAAAAAAGGCGGUGUCGGAAAAUCUAUAGGAUGUGAUAUUUUCAAUGAUGCAGCCAUGGAGAAUGCUUACUAUGUGUGCCAUAAUGUGCAAGAUGUCUUAAAAUCUCGAGGUUUUCCAUGGCCAGAUGGGCAAAAAAAGAAGAAGAAGGGCAAACGUUGAUUUUGUAUUUUUAUGUUAAUUCUACAUCAUUAACUUUUAUGAAGUAAUUGAGUCUUACUAAGUCUAUGUACCAUUACGAAGAGCUCAAUUAGUUCGAUAUUGUUCUAUGAUAAAUCUAGUCGAUAAAUCACUAAUUGAGCUCAUAAUCUUUACCUAUACAGUAUACAAUUAAAGUUCAAUUAUAACACAUUCCAAGGAUAUAUUUGUU